AUGUUGAAUUACAACAAAGGACCUCCACCUUCCAUCAGAUUAAAGAAGGACAAACAUCUCCUGGACUCUCUGGGACUGGGCUGCCUAAUCGCAUGCUUCAGCUCCAUGGAGCACAUUAAGACCAAAGGCUCAGGAUGCUGGACAGAAUGGUUCGACAGAGACGACCCUUCUGCAACUGGAGACUGGGAAACUCUUUGCAAGCUCCGCAAAGAGAACCCUGGAAAGAUCUGCCCUACACCAGCAGCUAUCGAAGCCAAGACUCUAUCUGGGCUCACUGUGGCUGCAGCAGGGGACGUGAUUUACAAAAAUGACAUAACUUCAGGAUUCAUCUGCAGAAACAAAGACCAGAUCAACAAUAAGAAGUGCAACGAUUAUCGUGUUCGCUUCAGCUGCUAUCCCCCAUUUUGUGGCGGAGGAGUGUGUUGGACCAGCUGGUUUAAUCGCGACAAUCCUGGUGCAACAGGAGACUGGGAGAUUUUAAGUGAAUUGAAGAAACAAAACAAAAUUUGUGACAACCCUCUGUAUGUGGACGCUGUUACCACUGACACGAUGACCCCAGCCAUCUACACAGGGGAGACCUUUUACAUGUACAAUCCAACUGACGGAUUUGUUUGCCGCAAUAAGGACCAGACUACUGGCAAGUGCAGUGACUACAAAGUUCGCUUUGGAUGCCCAUGUAACAACUGAGCCCUGAUCGAGUCCACCACGCUUAGAAUUAUGGGGAGAGAAGAAGUUCCUCUUCAUAUCACUUUAAUUUUCUUGUGCUAUUUCUUUUGUUUAAUAAUUCAUUUUUUACUGGGCGUAAUAUCGGGAAGAAUUUGUAAUGGGCCCCCUUUGCAGACAUCUUCACUUAUCGGCGUUGCAGAAGCACAGGUGUUGCUAAAUUAAAGAUGAUCUUGUUUCACUGAAGCGACCAUGGUGAUGUGAACGACACAAAAGCAGCUAAAAAUGAAGAUUUAGUAUUAAAUAUGUACGCAAAUGUUUUCAGUGGUACAGGAGGAAGUUUUUCU